UCCAUAGAAACAGUUUAAAAAACAAGACAAGUAAGCAGAUACAAGUUCAAGAUUUUAAAAUUCAAGUGGUAUGGCAGCACGUAGGGCAGCAGCUAAGGCGGCAGCGGCGGCGGCCGCGGAGCCUCCCCCUCCACCUGAACCUGCCCCUGAGCCUGAACCAGAGAAAAAGGAACCUGAGAAAGCUGAUGAAAAGAAGCCUUCAGACGAAGACGAGGCAAACAAAGGUCAAAAUGGGGAUUCAAAAACUGGUAGAGUGGCAGAAAGGAUUAUAGAGAGGAUUAUUAUAUGUCCGGGAGGGCAGAAUCCUUACAUGGCGCCACCCCCGCCCCCGCCACCACAGGGUAUCUGCCACUGUGUACCAAUAUUCGUCGACAGGCCUAAAAAGAAACAAGAUAAGGGGAAAGGCAAAAGAAAGGGAGGCGAUGAUAAAGAAAACGAGCCAUGUAAACAUCCUUUCUGUAUUGUCCAGAGGGCGAGGACGAAGCCUCAAGGGUUGCCAUGGGCCUCAGGACUGUACAAACAACAGCAUCCCACCCAGGGUCCCGAAACACCGCCCCCGCCCCCCGUCGUGAUCUGCCAGCGCCCUGUUAUGUGCUGCUGUCCUAAGUGUCGUCCUCCUCCUGAGUCAGACUCUGAAGACGAGGAUCCGCCAAGGGAGGACACAGAAACCUUCAUGACAUUCAUGAAUAUGGUCUUUGCGGCUGCCAACGUUAUGAAUGAGAAUCCACAUGCUUUUUAGAUCAAUAUAAACCUUGCAGAAAUUAAACUUAGCGUUCAUGCA